UGGUAGGGCAGUUUUGUAACUUCACACCACCAUUGCUAGGGUUUAUAACUUCCCAAUAUAUAGCGCUAAAAAUCACUCCUUUCGUCAGCUACCUUCACUCUCGAGGCCGUCAGAGCAAAACCCUAGAUUCUUCAACUCUUCUCCCUCUACGGGUUUGCGCGUUUGAGAAAUGGCGACGGUGCCGGGGCAGCUCAUAUGGGAGAUCGUGAAGAAAAACAACUCCUUUUUGGUGAAGGAGUUCGGAAAUGGAACUGCUAGCGUGAAGUUCAGCAAGGAGCCCAACAAUCUCUACAACAUCCACUCCUUCAAGCACUCAGGAUUGGCAAACAAGAAAACUGUGACCAUUCAACCUGGAAAGGAUCAGACCGUGGUCCUUGCAACCACAAAGACAAAGAAGCAGAACAAGCCCUCCAGCCUGCUCAACAAGUCUGUCAUGAAGAAGGAGUUUCACCGUAUGGCCAAGGCUGUUUCAAACCAGGUGUGUGAUAACUACUACAGACCUGACUUGAAGAAGGCAGCUCUUGCAAGAUUGAGUGUUGUUCACAGAAGCCUCAAGGUUUCCAAAUCGGGUUCCAAGAAGAGGAACAGGCAAUCAUCUUAGAUCGUCUGAACAGUCUUAAGUAGCAGAUGUUUGGGCUUGAUUGCCUUUCCAAGCACCUGUAUGCGUAAUAGAAUACCAAAGAUUUUGCUGCUUUCCCGUUUCUCAUUAGCUGUUGAUUUGGACACACGAGUAGACAGCAGUUGGCAUCAUCAUCGCCUUUUGUUUACAUAUGUUCCUUGUGAGUACUGAGACUUAGUUUUAUCAAAUGCGAUCCUGUUUGAGAAUUUUUUUUAA